AGUGACAUAACGCGACCUUACUACGUAGAGAUUGUGUACGUUAUGUAUACCGGCGUCAUAUUAUUGUAUGCAUUUAUCAAGUGAACGAAAUGGCGACUGCUCUACGAAACUCAAUAUCUCUGCUUCAGAGACAACAUUUAGCACAAACAUGCCAGGCAAUAAGGCUGGCACAAACUGCAGCUGCAGAUAGACCAGCUGAAAAGUUGAAGACGUUUUCCAUUUACAGAUGGGACCCAGACAAGGAAGGAGACAAGCCCCGCAUGCAGACGUAUGAUGUGGACCUUAACACGUGUGGCCCCAUGGUCCUUGAUGCGUUGAUCAAGAUCAAGAACGAGCUUGACCCCACUUUGACCUUUAGGAGGUCAUGUCGAGAGGGCAUCUGUGGGUCAUGCUCCAUGAACAUCAACGGCACCAAUACACUAGCAUGCAUUAGCCGUAUUGACCGGGGUUCAAGCAAGGCCACCAAGAUCUACCCACUUCCUCACAUGUACGUCAUCAAGGACCUUGUGCCGGACAUGAACAACUUCUAUGCCCAAUACAAAUCCAUUGAACCGUAUCUCCAGAAGAAAGAGGACAUCAAGUAUGGUGAGAAGCAGUUCAUCCAGUCUAUAGACGACAGAGCGAAGCUGGAUGGUCUCUACGAGUGCAUUUUGUGUGCCUGCUGCAGUACCUCCUGCCCAAGCUACUGGUGGAAUGGUGAUAAAUAUCUCGGACCAGCAGUUCUCAUGCAGGCCUACCGCUGGAUGAUAGACAGCCGUGAUGAGCUCCAGGCCGAGAGGCUAGCCCAGCUUCAGGACAAGUUCUCCGUCUACCGAUGUCACACCAUCAUGAACUGCACCAAGACAUGUCCAAAGGGUCUGAAUCCAGGCAGGGCCAUUGGCGAGAUCAAGAAACUUCUUGCAGGCUUCGGCACAAAGGAAGCAGCGACUGCAUAAUCAUCGAGGAAUGGUGUACAAUCCCACAAGAAAUCCUAUAUAUGGGACUACAGACUUUCUACUGUGCUUUUAACCAAGUUUAUGAUACACUUCAAUUGUCUUUAUGCAAGUUCGGAUGAUAGAAUAAGUGCUUUAUGGAUAAUCUUGGAUUGUAUGUGGUCACAAAAUGACAGUUACAAAAUGUAUUUAAAUUUAGCACCGGAUAUUUGAUCCAAAACAUCAGGUAUUGUACAUAAAUUAUUAAUACAUCAAUUACGUAUUACAGUAUUCAUUGUUAUCACCAAAGUGGUAGAAAAAAAUCCAGCAAGGGAAGGAGUUAGUGGGACUGUAGUAUAGAGUCGUGAGUCAGAUGUUUGCCAUUUACAUGUAUUACACUGACUUGACGAGACGUCUGUUAUACAGAUUAUGUUUUAUGUAAAUAAAGAGGUUAUACCGAUAGCACAGCAAGGUGCGAAGUACAAUGAGAAUUUGUAUCUCAAUUUCAGUGAAAGUGAUACGGAAAAGAGCAAUUUCUGAAAGAAAAUUAUAAAUUAGCACAAUAUUUUCCUUCCUUAAAUAUUUUCUUCUUUAAUAUGCCACAUCUUUGAAAGACAGUGUGUUAACAAUUUAUGUAGAUAAAGAGCAAAAAAUGUAAUGAAUUCCUGAGCAGGUUACUCUAGCUCUGUUUAAACAAACUUUUCCUGAAUAACACAAAAACAUUGUAAUUUUGACAAUUUACCAAGUACGAAUUAAGAUACCUCAUAUGUAAGAUAUCAUCAUAUUGUAAGUGAUAAAGAAGAAAAAAAAGUAUAAUGGAAGAAAGAAGUAUUGAACCAAAUCAUAAUGGGAACUUAUUUUCCUCGGUCUUGGAUUUUAAAUCUUAUUCAGAUUAAAAGAAAGAAAAUACAUCUUCUCUUUUGUAAGUAAGGAAACUUCCAUAUUCUAUUCCUUGAAACAGCACGGUGUGUGGUUUCCUUAAUCUGAGAUAUAUAUAAAUUUUAGGAGAUUGUGGAUUUUAACCAA